UUUUUAUGUGCUUUCUCUCUCUUUUUUUUUUUAAUCCUCUUCACCCCUUAAAACCCCAUCCCAAAUGGCAGGGCAAAAAGCAGAAGCAAAAAAGAGCACUAAUGCCAAUAACGUGCCUCUCUUCAGUUCCAAGGUGACUGACCUCGACGUGAAACUCGACAAUGAGAUCGUCUACGAGUUCGGUGGCCCUCUCGGUGUUGUGGGUAUGAUGCUUGGUUUCCCUUCGCUCAUGUACUACUUCUGGAUCUGCUUGGAACAUCACCAAGGAAAGCUGAUUGUCCCAGCGGUUUGGUCUGUUGAAGGUAUCAAGAGCUUCUUCUGGAAUGAUAUCUGGGCUGCUAUUGUUGAGGGUGCUCGUCCUACCGUUUACGCGGCUAAGAUCUACAUGGGUUACAUUCUAUUCUCUUUCAUCCUUGCCUCUAUUAUGCCUGGUCCCGUUGUGAAUGGUCUUCCCAUUCCUUCCCUCAAGGGAAAGAAAUUGCCUUACCUCUGCAAUGGCCUUGCAGCUUGGUACUUCACUUUGCCCUUCUCAGCUUUCCUUCACGUCACUGGUAUCUUCCGACUUACCGACAUCAUUGAUAACUUUGGCCACAUCAUGACCAUUGCUAUCAUGUGGGGUUUUACCUUGACCACUCUUAUUUUCAUCGCCUCCCAUAUCCAGGGUACCAACCAUCGUAUGUCUGGCAACUUGGUUUAUGACUUCUUCAUGGGAGCUUCCUUGAACCCUCGCGUCGGCGUUGUUGACCUGAAGAUGUGGGCUGAAAUUCGUGUACCAUGGCCUAUUUUGUUCUACAUCUCUGUUUCCUGCGCUCUCAAGCAAUACGAGACUCGUGGUUACAUUACUGCCCCUGCUGCUUUUAUGGUGCUUGCUCAUUUCUUGUAUGUCAAUGCCUGCCAAAAGGGUGAAGAAUGCAUCCCCACUUCCUGGGAUAUGUUCUACGAGAAGGAUGGUUUCAUGUUAGUAUUCUGGAAUAUGGCUGGUGUUCCAUUCACCUACUGCUACGCCUCUAUCUACUUGAUGAAGUUCGAAGAGACUACCGGUGUUGCCAUCACCCACUCUCUCCCUUACACGGUUGGUUUGUUCGUUGCCUUGUUGAGUGCCUACUACAUUUUCGACACCGGUAACUCUCAAAAGAACCGAUUCCGUAUGGAGCAGAACGGUUCCUUCAUUGCCCGCAACGCUUUCCCUCAAUUGCCUUACGGUCAUAUCAAGAACCCUAGCUACAUCAAGACUGCACACGGUAACUUGUUGUUGACUGAUGGUUGGUGGGGUGUUGUGCGCAAGCCGCAUUACACUGCCGAUUUGGUCAUGGCCCUCUCUUGGGGUUUGAUCACUGGUUUCGGCUCUUUCUUGCCUUACUUCUACGUCUGCUUCUUCCUUGUUGUCUUGACUCACCGUGUCUCUCGUGAUAUGGAACGUUGUGCUAAGAAGUACGGUAAGGACUGGGACAGAUACUGCGAACGUGUCCCAUACAUCUUUAUUCCCUAUGUCUUCUAAAGACUUCCACCUGCUACUAUUGUGAAUUGAGUUACGUUUCUAUUCUCAACCCGUUUAAUGAUUUAUUAUUCAGCUCCUCUAAGAAAAUAAUGAGGUGGCUUUUUUUUUGCUUUUCUUUUUUCUAUUUCUUCUUUUAAAAGGAAAAAUGUUAUGUAAUUUUCAUUUCACGACUCAGCAGCGCAUGCAUUUGUUCCCAACUCGCUCCCAAAAUAAAGUAUAUAAUAUGUAAACGUGCAUUUGGUUUCUUUGGGCAUUAAAGACAAGGGUUAUGCAAAAAGAAAAGAGGAGUAAAUAGGGCUAGAGACGAUAUGAGAGCAUCAAAAAAAAGGUGAUCGGCCGGCACCAUGAUUUCAUUACAAAUUGGACGAAAA